UGCGAUUGGUAUAUUCCUCGUUCCGCAGCCCCUCCCCGUUCUGUGGGAGGUAAACACUGAGGGAGAACAGAUAGCAACAACUUCUAAACAGAAUCCCGUGUGCUGCCAUGGACAGUGUGGAGAUGGACUCUGUCCAGAUUAAAGAGGAGUUCCCUGAACCUGAACUUCUACCCUUUAAAGUGGAGUUCUUUGGGCUGGCUUCCCUCCCCAUUAAACAGGAGCUCUGUGAGAUGCAAUGUGAGAAGAUGCAGUCAGAGGUCUCUGAGAUUAAAGCUGAGCACAGUGAAAUGGAGAUCCCCCAGACAGAAGAACCCCUUUUUGUUAAACAAGAAGAUGUGUUGGAAAUGGUCCGUAUUAAAUGGGAGCCCCUUGUAGUAGAGUUUGACCACAUGGAACCAGGGAAGGAAGAAUCCGAGGACUUCAAACCACACAUCCCUGAGCUGGAGCCUGUACGCCUGCGGGAGUGUAGCGUGGUGCUGGAGAGAAUCUGCUUGAGAGAGCAAGGCGAUGGAGAGGAAGGCCUUCCCAACAGCAUGCAAGGAGGUGGAAAGGAAGGCGGGCGGUCACAUUCAGAAUGCAGUCUAGCAGGUUCCAGUCCAGCAGCUAAAGCAAGGGCGGGCGGUGGAGAAUAUCCUGACUGUGGAAAAGGUUUCACGCAGUUAGGGCACUUAAAAAAGCCCCAGAGAAUUCACACCGGAGAGAAACCGUAUCACUGCUCUGACUGUGGGAAGAGUUUCAGUCAGUCAGGACAUCUGAAAGAACACCAGCGAACUCACACAGGAGAGAAACCGUAUCGCUGCUCUGACUGUGGGAAGAGUUUCAGUCAGUCAGGAACCCUGAAAGAACACCAGCGAACUCACACAGGAGAGAAACCGUAUCACUGUUCUGACUGUGGGAAGAGUUUCAGACAGUCAAGAGACAUGAAAACACACCAGCGAACUCACACAGGUGAGAAACCGUAUCACUGCUCUGACUGUGGGAAGAGUUUCAGUCAGUCAGGAACCCUGAAAGUACACCAGCGAACUCACACAGGAGAGAAACCGUAUAGUUGCUCUGACUGUGGGAAGACUUUCAGUCGGUCAGACAGCCUUGUUUCACACCAGCGAACUCACACCGGAGAGAAACCGUAUCGCUGCUCUAACUGUGGGAAGAGUUUCAGUCAGUCAGGACAUCUGAGAGAACAUCAGCGAACUCACACAGGAGAGAAACUGUGUGGCUGAUCUGACUAUGGGAAAAGUUUCAGCUUAAACAAGCACUUCAAAAACACCAGUGAAUUCACAGUAGAGAGAAACCUUAAAGGGACAAUGGGACUUUUUACUCAUGAGGUUAAAAAACAUGAAUCUUGCAUUAUAAAUCUCUAUGUAAUUACUCUUUUGUGUAUCACUCUUAAGAGCAUGCAUUUUAAAUGGUAAAAAUGUCUGAUGGACAAGUCAGGAGAAAUCAAUAACUCAGUGUGGAAAUUAGUUUCAAGAUUUAACAUUUGAACUUAAUUAACUUGAAAAUAAAUGAAUCGAUGGGAAAGAGUAUCCCAGAGACAAGACUGCACCAUCCUUACAGGGCAAUCGCCUGGACGAUUUGUCUUGUAAAUUCAUCACAAUUCUAAAACUAAUGAAAAAUGAUGGUGUCGCAUAGCUGUAUUAUGACAUGAAUGACUGAAUAUUGUAUGACAUGUAGCUUUGCAAUGUGCGUUUCCUAUGCUUGUAAUUGUGCCUGCUUUCGUAAACUGCCCUGUGUAGCAGGCAUGUGUACUGAUCUCAGGUACAGAAAGGCAAAUAGUGAUUUCUAAAGAGACAUGACUGUAUAAUUAAACCUUGAGUGUGCUGAUUUAACAAUUGAUUAAUUAUACAACACAAUACUAAGCAAUGCUAAAAACAAAGCCUAUGUCUAAAUUGUAUUCAAAUGAGUAAAAUGUAUUUGUUAAGGCUUGUUGCAUCAAAUUGAGUACAGCACUCUCCUUCGGUGUCGUUCUCAUACUGGCUGUCAGUGCUGGAGCCUUCAUGUUGUGACGUAGCACCGGGGAAGACUCUGCAGCCAGAGGAUAAAGGGGAUGGGCCAGGAAAGUGGCUUUAGGUAGAGAAAAAAAACAUGAAAAUGAAAGCAUGUCACAACGAAUCAUGAAUGUUUUUUU